AUGUCUUCCAUGCGCAAUGCGGUCCAGCGCCGCAACCACAAGGAGCGUGCCCAGAUCGGGGGCCGAGAGAAAUGGGGUAUUCUGGAGAAGCACAAAGAUUACUCGCUCCGUGCCAAAGAUUACAAUGCCAAGAAGGAAAAGCUCAAGCGUCUCGAAGAGAAGGCACGCGACCGCAAUCCCGAUGAGUUUCAUUUCGGUAUGAUGGGUGGCCAGAAUGCGACACAAGGAAAACAUGGCCGAGGUGGUGUUGGUCGAGCAUCUGCUGCAGGACUGAGCCAUGAUGCUAUCAAGCUGCUCAAGACCCAGGAUUCAGGAUAUCUACGAACUGCAGGAGAACGACUACGCCGCCAAAUUGAGACUUUGCAGCGCGAGAUUCAGCUGCAAGGUGGUAUGAAUGAGGCUUUGGGUGUGAAGAGCCAAGAAAAGAAAGACGACUCAGAGGCCGACGAUGAUGAUUUUGAUGGAUUCGACGACUUUGAUGACAUCGAUUCCGGCAAAUCCACCAAGCAAAAGUCCCGCAAGAUUGUUUUUGCCGAUGACCGCGGUGACCAACAAACCAUAAAGAAAAAGCGCAAUCAGAGUGAAGAUGUCCAUAUUAUGGAGGACAGUGAAGAGGAGACCAAGACCAAGAAGACCGCCAAGGAACUCGCUGCCGAGCGACAAAAACUCAUUGAGACCCGCCGAGCCCGCAAAAUUCGCAAGCGGGCUGUCGAGGCCCGACAGAACAAGCUGGACGCUCUGCAAAAGCAACACGGCGAGAUUCAGGCUGCACAGCAUGAAGUUGAAUGGCAACGAGCUAAGAUGGACAACUCUGUGGGCGGCACCAACAAGGAUGGCAUCAAGUGGAAGAUUCGUGAGCGCAAGCGCUGA